CGACAGGCGUCGGGCGCCGCGCCCAGGGCUCGCGCGGGGUCGUCGCUGCAGGGGAGCGUGAGCUUUGCGGACGUGGCGCUCGUCUUCUCCCGGGAGGAGUGGGACCUCCUCGACGACACGCAGCGCGGCCUGUACCACCACGUGAUGCGGGAGACCUUGGAGCUCGCGUCCUCGCUGGGUUGUUGGCCUGGAGUGGCAGGUGAGGCGGCACCUGCUGAACAGACAGUUUCCGCAGAAGGAGCAUCACAGGUCGGAACUCGCAAGGCAGGUCCAUCUCCCCAGGAGGCCCAGCCCUUUGGGCCUCAUGACCCCGUCCUGAGAGACAUUUUGUACAUGGCUGAUUGUCAGCGAACUCGCCUUGUUAGGAAACUGCACACACAGGGGGAAAGAUGGCGGGUCUCUGCCCACCGUCCACUGUGCAAGCGGCAGCGCGUCACACAGAGGCCUGUCGGGAGGGCUGUGGACAGAGCCCCGUUGGAGAAGGCCUGCGCAGCCCCUGUGUCAGGAAAGCCCUCCAGCUGUGGGGACAGUGGCAAAGACAUUGUAGCCAGCAUGGAGUUUUACUAUCGUCAGGUCACUCUCGUCGGGGAGAAGCCGAACAUUAUUGGCUGUGACUACGACGGUGUCUUUCACGGUGGGAAAAGUCAGCACAGCUGGGGAGAGCGUGAGGAAGCCUUCAGCCACGCGGACGCUCUGGCUCAGGGCCAGAGCCUCCUGGCUAGAGAGGGGCGCUAUGAGUGCAGCGUCUGCGGGAAAACCUGCACCCGAAGAUGUAACCUCAUCCAGCACCAGAAAGUCCACGCGGGAGAGAGGCCUUAUGCGUGCAGCGAGUGCGGCAGACUCUUCACCUAUUACUCCAGCUUCAUUAUACACCAGAGAGUCCACACGGGAGAGAGGCCUUAUGUGUGCAGCGAGUGUGGAAAGACCUUCAGCCAAAGCUACAGCCUCAAUAGCCAUAAAAAAGUUCACACUGGAGAGAGGCCUUACGAGUGCAGGGAAUGUGGGAAGUCUUUCAGUCAGCGGUCCAACCUCAUUCAGCACCAGAGAGUCCACACUGGGGAAAGGCCCUAUGAGUGCAGUGAGUGUGGGAAGGCCUUCAGCCAGAACUUCAGCCUCAUUUACCACCAGAGAGUCCACACGGGAGAAAGGCCACAUCAGUGCAGUGAAUGUGGGAAGGCCUUUAGCCGAAGCUCCAGCCUCAUUCACCACAGGAGGCUGCACACUGGAGAGAGGCCUUACGAGUGUGGAAAAUGUGGCAAAUCCUUUAAGCAAAGCUCUAGCUUCAGUUCACAUAGGAAAAUCCACACAGGAGAGAGGCCUUAUGAGUGCAGGGAGUGUGGAAAGUCUUUCAGCCACAGCUCCAACCUCAAGAACCACUGGCGUGUUCACACAGGAGAAAGGCCUAUUGAGUGCAGCGAGUGUGGGAAGGCCUUUAGCUGCAAGUCCAACCUGGUGAAACACCUCCGCGUCCACACAGGAGAGAGGCCUUACAGGUGCAGGGAGUGCGGGAAGGCCUUUAGCCAAAGCUCCAGCCUCAUUCAGCACCAGAGAGUUCACACCAGACAAAGGCCAUAAGAGCGCAGUGAGUGUAGGAAGCCUUCUGCUGUAACCUGACUUUGGCACAGUGUCUCAGGGGGUCCGUCUCCUAGAACCAGCCCAUGCACCUGAGAAUACCAGAGUGGGCUGAUCCCCCUCAUGCCAGUGAUGUAGACACCCUGUAGGGACUUUCUGCCCUGGCAGGGUCCUUGGCACAGAUAUGCCACCUCAGUUUACCUGACAGAAUUCACCUCCCCAUACUACCUGGCAGGUCUGCCUGCCUGUCUCCCUCCCACAUUCUGGGAGAUGAUGUCUGCCCUCACUGUGUGCUGAGGGGAAGAUCCUGAGCAGUCGGCGGCUUCACGGGGUCCUCACGCCCUCGUUCACACAACAGGUCAUAGGUCACCAGCUUGGUUGCGGUGGGCUAGGUCGUUCUGCUGCUGACUUCCCAGAAUUACUGCGCCAGACACACAUUCAUGUGCAGCAGACUUGGAUUUUCCCUGACUGCAAGUUACUGUCCUGGAAAUGGCUUUCUCGUGUUGCUGUGGAUUUUGUAGUAAUAAAGUCGGAAUUAUGUAAGAAUUA